CGAGCACAUGAUCACGGCUUCCCCUGUAUUAUCUCUAAAUUACCUUUAAUCGUUUGUAAAGGAGACUAUUGGACCUUUGACAGGAAACUACAGUACUAGAUCGAUGUGUGAUUGAUAUACUUAAUUUUUUAUCAACUUGAAAACAUUUACAGACAUUAUUUCUAAUGUUGAUUUAAUUUUGUGGAAGUUUCUAUCCUAUCAUUUCAUUUCACGGACAUACGAAAACUGCCAUUCUGGAUUUUCAAGUUCAACAACCCUACAACCUGAAAAUGUUGAACGUUGGUGGAGUGGACGGUCUGGAACAGGACAUGUCUGGAAAGUCGGCGUUCAUGGAACUUCAGCAGCAGGCGGGUAUGCCUCCUGGAAUGGGACACCCAGCAUACCCCAUCCGUUCCUCUUAUCAGCAUCAUCAUGGCGGACAACACGGAGACAGUGUCUUCAGUAACUCGCAAGGUCGACCCCUUUACCCCUUUCAUAUGAAUGCCAUGUCCCCUUCGUCCUACCAGCCCCCCGCGGCGCAUCCCUUCCCCAUGCCACCGUACCAGAGCCCCUCGCCAACACGAGAAGAUAAGUCACAAAUGGAGGAACUCCGAAUUAAUGGCAAAGGAAAGAAGAUGCGAAAACCCCGGACCAUUUACUCAAGCCUUCAGCUUCAACAGCUGAACAGGAGGUUUCAGAGGACUCAGUAUCUCGCCCUCCCCGAGAGGGCAGAACUGGCCGCCUCUCUAGGUCUCACCCAGACACAGGUGAAAAUCUGGUUCCAGAACAGGCGUUCAAAGUACAAGAAGGUGAUGAAGUCUCCAGUGAACCCCGGACAGGUCAACCCAUCCUCCGGUCAGCCUCAAGGUCAGGCUCCAGUGACAACAUCCCCUACAGCACACCCUCCUCAACAGUCUUCACCUCCUGCGCCUCGACAUCCUCCGCAAACGCCGACACCUCACGCGCACCCCGCGUCCCAACAAAACGGACAAUCACACAAUGGACAGCCCUCCUCAGUUAUGUUAUCACCUCCCUCGUCCUCUGUCAGUCCACAACCAACGUGGACAGAAAUGGACGCUGUCAACAAUCAGACCUCUACGAACUCUUAUAUGGCUAUGUCAUCAAUGUCUGCCAUGUCUACGGGUAUGCCAGCGGGAGCCAUGUCUCAUUAUCACUCCUGGUACGCACAACCUCCCAUGAAUCAACAGUCAUGUCUCACAUAACGUGCUUCGAAUUACUCAUAGUUCUUAUAUAAGUGACUUCCGGUAUUGGUUCAGAAAUGACCAGCCAGAUCAGCGAGAGCUAGCCAGCUGAAAAGGCGAAAAUGUUAGCGUGAUCAUGUGACUUUGUGACCCGGGCAUUUUAUGUCUCAUUUCUUACAGAAGUUUGUCAAGGCUUGCGCUUUGGAACUGUUCAAACUUCGCCUGAAGGUCACAAGUCAAUUGUUUAAGCAUUUUGCCAAAACACCUGGAUGUGUCUUAAAAUCACGUUUAACUCCCAUGUCAUCUACGCAUGCCCAGAACUCUCUAAACCGCCUCAGGACCAAUUAAUUCAGUGGUAUAUCUGUGUAAUAUAUGUGAAUGAUUUUGUGCGCAUGCGCGGUCAGCCACUGACAAACUUUUGCCAUGUGUAAAUAUAAAUAUAAUUUAUGUUUUAAGUUAACUAUUGUUUUAUGUGAGUUAUGAAAAUGCUCAAAAUAGAUGGCAUAUGAUUAUAUAAUACACAAAGCAUUUUACCAUUGUUUAUAUCUACAUGAAAUAACGGUCAACAGACAAACGAAAUAGACAAAUUAUUUCAAAAUGUGAUAAUUGUUUAAAAGUACAGAAAUAUUCUGUAUGUAUACAAUCUUCAAACGAUUGCAUAGGCGCACUUAAUCGUGCCCUUUAUGUAAAACUAUUUUGGUAAACAUGACAAAUCAGUGUUCAUGAAUGUUUCGUCUGCCUGUGACCGACAUGAUUUAUUUAUAAUUUGAACAAAUUUCAUUUUUAUC